UGGUAUUCGCUUGAAAAUUUUAACAUGGACGAAGUGGUGGACGCACUGAUAAUUUCCUUGUAAUUUACACACGAAAGUGUAACAAAUAAAUUAUUUACAUUUCUGAGACACUAACGUGCAUAGUUAUGAGAUUGAUAUUGUUAAAAGAAAGUGUUGUAUUUGGAAUCGAAAAACUCACCAAGUGUACUAAUUGCGUUUAUUUGAUUUAUUUAUCAACAGAAUAGGUUAGUUCUAGUGAACUGAUUGUGAUAAAUUAGUAAUAUGGAAGCAUUCGAAGAAUGUUCUAUUAACAACUCCUCAUUAUAUACCACUAAACCAAGCAUCCUAGAGGAAAGCGACAUAGUCGCUUCUGAUUCAGGUGAUUGCCACCAAACCAACGGAGUCGACGUCGUGAACACCGAAAAUGGAACACAACCUAACGACGUUACCGAUAUUAUGGAAUCGGAACAAGUCGGGAAUGAGGCGUGUAAAGAAGAAAUAAAUGACGAUGCUGAGUCUAAACUAGAAGUUGAGCCUCUUCACGAAACUGCUGGACUGGAACCAACAAGCGAAAAUUUGAGUGUUCCCGAAGAGCAAGUCGUGGUCGUUACAAAUAUCCAAAACCAAAAUGAGGAUGUUAUAAGUGAAGUAGUGACAGAAGUAACUAUAGAUGGUGUAGAACAUGAUAGUACCAAUGUUGCUUGUGAAGGAAAUGUUUUGGAGACUAAGGUUGAGGAAGAAAAAGAAGUUGAGACAGAACCCUUGGAAUUGUCUCAAAAUGAAGUACAGUUUCAGACAGAGAUUUUGGUAGAACAGAAUGAUAAUGAUGUCAAUGAAAAUAUAGUUGUAGAAAGUAAGCCUGAUGCAGAAACUAUUAUAUUAAGUGAAUUAGAUCAUAACAUAGAAUUAAGUGAAGUAUUACAAUCGGAUAUUGCUGAUGGUAAUGACACCCACAGUGGCUCGAUCAGGCAGGAGGUUUUCAAUAAAGAAGAGUUGCUAGAUAUCUUAGAGGGGAAUGACGGCGAUCAAGCCUCUAUAGAGGAGGAAAUGGAAGAAGAAGAAAAUAAAAAGAAACUGGAAGCUCAAAUAGCUUUAAAACAACUUUCAAGAUUAUCUAAGACUAGAUAUACCCCCAAAAAAACGAAAGGUGAAGGAAGGAAGCCUCUCAACUUCAAAAAAAGAAGUAACCCUGAUACAAAUACUAAUAAAAAACAAGAAAAAGAUAUGGGUAAACAGCUUACUGCAGAAAAAGAAACAGAUGUAGAUAUAAAAAUACAAGAAAAAAAUUCUGCACAGCAGCUUACAGCAGAGAAAACAGACACAUCAAAAGAAGACACGAAAACAACAGAGGAAGAAGAAGCUGAACCAAAAAAAGAAAAUGACAAGAUAGCAGAAACAGAAAAUAUUGUGUCUUCUUUAGUAAUGGAUUGGGAUGAUGAUGAACCAAUUGAAUCAAAGGAAUUAGAUACUUCAAAAGCCAGUAAAAUUUCAGAAAUUAGUACAGAUAAUGUUGCUGAAGUAGGUGAACCUUCUGAAGAAAGUCAAGAUACACCUACUGAGGAAACUGUUUCAAAACAGGAUUACUCGCAAAAUACUGACAAGGCAGGUGAUGACGAACCUCCACGACGAAUAAGCAGGGUAAUCAAGAAAAAAGUAAUAUUUGAUCCUGAUAAUCCUGACACUUUUACCAAAGGCAAAAUUCCAUUGAAAAAUAAAGAUUCAGCAGAACCUACCCCUCCUAAGAAACCGAAACCAGAACAAAUCCGUCAAAGGUCAAAAUCGCCAGUAUCAAAACAACAAUGGAAAAAGCCAUCCCCUAAAAAUAGCAAGCAAUGUAGAAGGUUAACAGAAGUCGAUAAGCUCUUAAUGGAUGAAGGUGCUGUAAACAUGCUGUAUCAGUUGACACCGGAUGCUCCAAAGGGAAAGAAAAAUAUGAAAACUAAGGCUGAGAUUAUCAAAAAAUUACAAAGUUCUACUCCAGAGGCAAAGGAAAAAGGAAGGUUCAGGGAAAGAAAAAAAGAAAUUAUAAAAUAUGAGGAUGGGGAAGCAAAAAAGAUUAUUAGUGGAAAACUAAGAGCAUCACUAAGCGCCUCUGUUAAAUCUCCUUCAGUCAGUGAAGAUUUUGAAACCCACAGUGCGGAUGAUUCAAUAAUAUAUCGUCGUCAUUCUUCAAGCUCAUAUUCCAGCAGCUGCAUGAGCCCUAGACGCUUAAGCGAUGUUGAAACUGGCAGUGUACAGAAUACCACACAAAAAGUUAAAGAAAACACUGCAGCUAAUUUGGAAGAAACAGUUCAACAGGUAUCUGAAUCUUUCAUGGCCGAAAAUGAAGCUAUUCUAUCAAGUAAAGAGAUCGAUUGUCUCUCAAUAAAAGAAAAGCUAAAUUCCAAAUUAUCUCAAGCUUUGAAUAAGCGUAAAAGAGACAACACCAAAAACGAUAAGCCUGUCAAACAAAAGAAACUAUCAAAGGACGAUAAUAUCCCGGAUAUAAGUGGUGAUCAAUUCAAAUUUGUAUCAAUUGUAAUUGAAAAUAAACUGGCAACUGUGUUCGUUAAAAAAACAGCAGUCAAAAUAGGAAUUGAGGUUAUAAAAGAAUUAGAAGAGGCCCUCCUGUAUUUGGACAAACUAAAAGAUACGUCAGUUACUUUGCUCUCAUCCGAAUGUGUGGUGUUAUGUUCAAGUUUAGAUUUAAAUUUCUUAUUGGAAGAGAAUAAAGAGACGAGAGUAAAGCAAGCUUACACUCUAGCUGAUUCUAUUAGGUUGCUGUUGUGUUCGGCGGCACAACACAGCAAGCUGCUAUGCUGUAGCGUGUGGGGAGCGUGUUGCGGCGUGGGCCUCGCGCUGGCAACUUUCUGUGACGUCGUGCUGGCCUCUGAGUGUGCCACGUUUGCUCUUGCUAUGGGUUCAGCACCACUGUUCCCAGGAACCGCAGCAUUGACUGUCCGCUGUCAGGCAUUGCCGCAGGCUCUGAUAAACGACUUAGUCGUAUUCGGGCGCAGAAUUUCUUCCGGCGAGGCGUUGCGGAGCGGCCUCAUUAGCCGCACGCUGUGGCCGGAUCGCUUCCAGGAGCAGGUCGAGAACAUAGUGAGGGAUAUAGCGACGCAGCCCCAACCGACAAUUCUUCUCAAGAAGAAGCUGCUCAAUUUGCGGAACAGCGUGGAGGAGGCGCGGCUGUCGUCGUGCCUGGAGGCCGAGCGAGACCUGCUGGUCGAGUACUGGACCUCGGUGGAGGGCCAGGAGCUGCUGCGGGCGACCUUGGACUGCGCCUAGCCGAACCGCCCCGCCCCGCGCUGCUCGCCCCGCUCCCGGCGUCGACGAUCCGCGCCAACACCCUCGAUGAGGAUACAGUGAAAUUAUCACUGCGAACUGCGGGCUCUUGUAAAUAAGAUUCGAUUUCAAAAUUAAUAUAAUGAAUUUAAUGUUGUUACGCGUCUCUGUAUCGGGUGUGUUGGGUUUAGCUCGUAAGCCGCUGAAUGUUUCGAAUUUAAGUGUGGGCAUAUGAUAAUUAUAUUAUUUCAAUUUAGCUAAUCGGAUGGACUAUACACAAAUUAUAUUUGAAUUAGGUAAUAUAUUUUUAUUAUUAUUUUUCUUACAAGAAUAACUAGGUAUAUUUUAUGGUACACUUUACAUCGUAAUGUUUGUUCGUUUGUCGUAGAAAAGACUGGUAUAAUUUGAAUCGUACAAGUUGCGAUGUCAUUUUUGUUUGGCAAUAGAGUUCGUCUGUUAUAUCUCGUACAUUAUGUUUAUGCGUCGAUUAUGUUGUAGAUUAAAUAUCUUAAUGCGUUUGUUUUAGAUUUUUAUGAGUUUAUGAUAGUUAUUAGUUUUUACUUGUCAUCAGCCAAAGUAAGACAUCGUCGCAAGCGACUAGUAAGUUGCAAGCGUUGUAGCACUAUGUACUGUGACGCGCACACCCCGGUCACCCCACAACUAUCGAUGUGCAAUUCAUUCCUUAUGUGUACAAACGUCUUGACCCGUAUUAAUGUUUAUACUGCGACCGAGCAGGUCGGAUUAAUGUAGUAACAUUAAGAGUAUAUUUUAAGUAUAGAAAUAACUUAUUUUCUUUCUUUUCUGUGAGAAAAAUAAAGUGCCUUUCAUAGUA